AUGGAUACGACAUCGUACCUCGUCGCGAGGGACCUGACAGAGCUUCACCAAGUGAUGAGACUGGUCCCCCGAAAGGGCGAGUGUGUGAAAUGCGACGAUACGUCCAAGCUUCAAUGCCCGUCUUGCGCCUCCAAUGAGAGCUGCCACAACGGAGGCGGAGGUGGUGGUGGACCCAGCGCCGGACCUAUUGCUGGUGGUGUCAUCGGUGGUAUUGCUGCCAUCGCCAUCAUCACCUACCUGGUCUGGAGAUUCCUAAUCAAGCCCAAGAGGCGGCUCUCUCAGUCGGUGUACGGAGUCGAAGAGGCCGCUACCCAAGGCGGCGAGAAGAACGGCAACCGAGUCACCCGCCGCGGAUCUACGCAUACUGUCCACUCGAUUGCCUCUACCGUCCUCACACGCGCCUCCAACAUUAUCCAAAUCGCAUAUAUUCCCGGCGUCACCAACCGAGCAACGCCUGCGUCACCCAACGUUUUGGUACCCCCUGUUCCGCCGAUCCCUAUGCACCACACCGAAGGUUACCGCGAUUCCGGGGCUGACAACCCCCAUUUCUUCGUUCCCGGCAACCUGCGAGACUCUACCUACUCCGGCAUCUCCGCCUUUUCGGACAGGACCUCGUUUGCUCCGCCUCGCUCUAGCAUCGCGUCUACCAUCUUUGGUGGUGGCAAGCAGCAGGUCCUGACCCCUGCCCAGACCGUUAUGCGUGCCAAGCCGACAAUGGUGAGCGUCAAGUCCGGCGCAAGCGCCCCCGGCACACCUCCUGUCCCCAGCAUCGAUUACGACAAGUUCAACCCUUCCAAGACCCUCCGACCCCAGAGCGCGGCCAGCAACUUUAGUGUCGGCUCAACGUUCCUCAACAACGCCAAUACCGUGACUCAAGCCCGUGCACAAGUCGUCAAGGUGGGAGGCUCUGGAUUGAGAAUGGUAGAGAUUGCUUCCAAGCCCGAGAGCCAAUCUUCUACGACGCUUGGUAACAAGUCACCAAAGACAACAGACGACACCACCCCUCCGACAAGCCGUGGAGAGUCAUCAACAGUAGACCAGGGCCCAUUUUCUGAUCCUCCGGACCAGUUGAGCCCCAAAAUCUCCGUCGAGGCUCCUCCUGCUUCCCCCGGCAGAGAAAGGGGAUCUAUUAAGGAGGGUGAUUCUGGCUCACAAAAGCGUGAUUCUAGCCCUUUUGGCGAUGAGCAUGAAACCAAGGACUGA